CUAACAUUCAUCUGUGUGUUGAUGAAGGAAUCUGUAGAAAUUGCUCCAGUGCCAUAUACACUGCAAGUCCAUCGCGUAGCUUUGGAUGGAAGAGACCACUCUAACUCCUUGAGGAGAGAAAAGAGGCUGGUGCAGUGUCAACUAGGACAAUACCUACAUCCCAGAGAGACCCACUGCUGCAUGAGGUGCCAUGCAGGUACCUACAAGGCAAAAGACUGUGAUCGGCCUGACCAGGCACCUGUCUGUCUUCCGUGUGCUAAUGGCACAUUCACAGCUGUUGAUAACACCAUGUCUAAAUGCUUCCAGUGUACACGUUGCCGUACAGAAUUCCAGCAGAUAGUAGAGACCCCUUGCAGCCCAAAGCAAGAUACCGUAUGUGGCUGUCGGAAGAAUCAAUAUCAGAUUGGCCUGUCCGAUCUCUUCCAGUGUAGGAACUGCAGCUCGUGUGUCAAUGGGAUUAUUGCCAACUGCUCAAAGAACAGAGACACAAUUUGCAGGUGUAAGCCUCGAUUCUUCCUGACACUUAGUAAUGUUUGCAAGCCUUGCAACAGGAUUGUCACAAAUGACUGGUGCUUCAUUUCAUGCGUGCUCUCCUCUCUGAUUCGCUCUUUCAGCUGCAUUGGAGAAGAAUGCUUGCAGUGUCAUAGCCCAGUGACUACCUCACCUACUCCGUCUGGGCUGAAUGGGAGCCUUGUCCUUGGCAUCAUCGUUGCAAUAUUUGGAGUUAUUUCUGUCCUCUACAUUGUAAAUAAAAUAGUGAAGCUGGUCCAGAAAAAUGGGAUAGCAUCAUCUUUCUACUCCUGUGUUUCUUUGCCACAGACAACCAAGGAGCCAGUACCUGAGGUUGAGGUAAAAAGAAGUGAAAUUUCCAUCCUUCUUCCUGAGUCCCAGAAGGAAAUGGAAUUGUCAGUGAAUGCAACACCACCACCUGCACCUCUGCCGCAAAGUUCACAUGAGCUACCAGACUGUGUCAGACCUGCCAGGAGGACACAGCUUCCAGACAAUCCUGCUAUUCUCUACACUGUGGUGGAUCAUGUACCACCAUCUCGGUGGAAAGAGUUUGUGAGGCGUCUGGGUCUGAGUGACUAUGAUCUAGAGCGAAUUGAGAUGGAGCAUCGGCGUUUACGAGAUGCCCAGUAUGAAAUGCUCAGACUGUGGAAACUGCGCAUGGGCCAUGCUGCAACUGUGGAGCACAUCAGCUGUGUUCUCAACCAGAUGGAGCUGAGUGGCUGCAGUGAAGCUAUUCAAGAGGCUCUGCUAAACCAGAACUCUCCUCAACCUUGCAGCCUCCACAGCCAUCUUUAAUCUAUUUCUGCUUUAGUUGCCCUUACUAUGACUCUCAAGAGAGGACCAUAGCUCCCUUCCUUUUCUGUCUUCCUUUUCCCAUACCUCCCUAUCUUUCUAACACUUCUUAGCUGGGUUUGUUGGAGGCAGAGCAGAUUUAUGCUGGAGGAAGGCUGAGGUUUGCUUCUCAACCACCAUGUAGUUCAACACCUUUAAGCCAUGACAGACCUCUGCAACAACUCCUUUCCCAAGGAGGGAAAGCACCUUGUAAAGGAAGUGGUGUGUGGACUCUGAACAAGAUGAAAACAGGAGCUCAGAGUGACUUGAUAGAUCAGCUGCUCUAUGGACAAGUUGUUGCUGAAACAGGUGCUCCACCCACCAUGCGGUGGGUAAACUUGUAGGGUGACUUGGUUAAGCUGGCUGUUGAGAUGGCAAAGUACUCGCUUUUUGCAGAUCUGUUUUUCUGCAAGAUCAGACAGUUGAACUGGCUCACAUUGCAGCCCUUUGAUUGCUUCAUCUGACUCAAGGGAAGCGGUGGGAGGAUGUGCCUGUUCCUGGGAGCAGGAGAGGAUUGCCCCCUUUUGGUAUCAACUAGUUAUCGCUGUGGCAAAAGAGUCAUGGAGAUUCAGAAGUGGAGGCUCAGUGAGAAAUGGGAGGAUGUUAUCCUUUCCACAACCCCACUUCCCUCAGGUUCAAGAGGAAUAAGGAUUCUGAGCCAGUGAGUCAGAUGAGAGGGUUGGUGCUUUUUUCUCAAGUUUUUGUUUUCCAUGCCUAGAAAUGAUGUAAGAUAGCAUUAACAAAAUACCUGCCAGUGUGUUUGUCCAAGUGCAGAGGGGCAAGGAAUGCGUGCGUGUGUCUGGGUGAGAAGCGUGGUGCUCAGAAGGGUGGUAGUGUGAGUGCCUCUGCAAAUCUAUGCUCACACACAGGUCAGUAGGCUUGUGUCUACCUGCUUGUCUAUCUCUGAACAAUUUGCUGAAUCUGAUCUAACUGCAAAUGGGACUGUGUAUGUGUACAUAUAUAUAUAUAUAUAUGUAUUUUAGCAACUGUUGAAUAACUUCACACUACU